ACCUGAACAACUUCUCACUCGAGAAAGAUCACAGAAAAGUAUUUCUAUCGUCUUCUCUCUAAGAAGACUGAGCCGCAACGAAAGAGCCUCUCACCUUUUUCUCCUCUCAAAAGAUUUUAAUCAAGGAACCGAUGUCGUAAUCACAAAAUAAGUCACUUUGUAACAUACAGCCUUCUGGAGCCGACAUGGAAGGAAGGAAAUUAUUUAGGACAGGAGUUGACUCGAUCGUAGGACACCAUAUCCAGGUUUUUGCUUUAAAUGUUAUUUUUCUCGUUUUAGUUUCAUGCGCUAGUUUGCCUAAAGACAAUAUUCCUGUUCGAAGCGCUUCGCCUUUAAAAAUCGAUGCGACAAAACCCGCUCGUUCAGAUAAAAGUGAACAAAACAGUAUUAUGCCUGGACCUAUCUGCCAAUCAGAAAGUUGUAACGCGAUUUCAAAGUUAAUCCAAAAAGUUCGCAAUGCGUCGGUGGACCCUUGUGACAAUUUUUACGAGUAUGCUUGUGGCCAGUGGAUCAAGGAGAAUCCAGUUCCUAAAGGGCAUCUGCAGUUCUCAAGGAUAACACAACUGUCCAAAAAUAACGAACGAAUUAUGAAACAAAAUCUUCUUGCCGAUGGACCUCAUAACACGGAAACGCUGAUGAAAGUGAAGAAUUUUUACAGGUCGUGCUUGAAUGAGGUAGCCAUCGACCAUCUUGGAAAUAAACCGCUGUUAGAUUACAUUGAAAGCUUAGGAUCUUGGUCUCUAGCUAAAAACUGGAGAGCAAAGAAGUGGAGCUUCUACGAUACGCUAGGCUAUGUGCAGAAGAACUAUCCCGUAGAAGUAUUCUUCAGUGUAAAUAUUAUUCAAGAUCCCGUCAAGAAGAAGGGAAGCGCAGAAAGAAAAUAUGUCAUUCUGGUGAGUAUUUAUACAUAGAAAGAAAAUUUAUUUCUCUACGCAUGUCGAUGUUAAUGGUUAAACGGCAUAAAAACCAGGAGAAUCGCAACUCUGACGCUUGCCCUUGUUAUUCGGUGAAGAGACAUUCUGCCCCCGUUAAGAGCAUUCCAAUAUAUUUGCACAUUAUAGGGCCAGACUUUUUUCGGGUUCCCUGACAGUUCGUUAAGUGUGUGUCUAUUUGCCUUGGUAUAGGUAGUGAUAGAGCUUUGUCCUAAUACAAAUAAAUUGACCCCCACUAGGAGGGGGCUAAGAACUUGAGACAUACCGCAAGUUCAUCGCAGAUUUUCCUCUGGCCUUUUUUUUUUUUUUGCUACCGUAACAAACUGAAUGGGAAAAGAAGUGUAACGUUAGACAUUUCCUAAAAACAGGAAAAAAAUGUAAUAGGUUUUUGAACUGGGGGUGAAUCUAAAACAAGUUUCCCCGGAAACCUUAAAAACUAGGCGAGAAUGGUUAAUAUUUUUGGCCUCCGAGGUUACCAUACACUUCCUUACACCAAAGUUAUUUCAGAUUUACCUGGCUCCAGCUUAGAUAAGGGUCUCUUUGACGAAAGGCACCUUAAGUAUUUAGUGCCUCACCAUUAUGUUCGAAUUAGGUCAUCCAAAGAGAUGGUUAUCAAUUAAAUGAUAUAACUUCGAUCAGAUCGCCAUUUAGACAAGCGCAAUUUCGGUGGCACAGAAUGCUCUUCUACACAUCUUUUUAUUAAAAAAAAUUGUCCACUACGAAGAUUAACUUAUAGACUGGUUUGGGCACAUCUACAAGAAAUCGUUGGACUAGCAUAGUAGCCACAAGUUCUUUACUAAGACCUGUUCUGCACUUUUACAUUAGACUUCUGUAGUAACAAAUGACUAUGUCACGCGUUUGCCAAUUAUCUCCAUGAGCCUAUUCAUUGUAAUAAAGGUAACCUUCGUCGAAAUGCGAUAAUUUCUAAUGCCAUAAAACUUAUAUAUAGGAAUUGUAAAGAGGAUCAAGGUAAAUAUGUAUUAGCGGUUUUUGGCGAUAUGUUUUUUGUUCCUGUUUUCUUUUAGAUUGACCAGGCAACUCUAAACCUUCCACAAAUCAUCUAUUUCACAAGCAAAAAGGUAAGAAGCCAAAGCUAAUAAAAAUUUUCAUUGAUUUUCAGAGUAAGUGGUUGUUAGAUGUUAUUUUUUGGGGACCAGCCUCAAUUAAUCGCCUGAGGGGAGGGGACGGGGGAUGGAGGAGGGGGGAGAAUCACAUUGUUUCCACGGGGUAAAGGAGGGGGGUCAGUCGUCUCAAACAGAGUUUAAUGAACGGUCUCUUGGGAAAGAAAUAGCCACGUAGACUUACAGUGUUCAGUCGAACCUGUAUUAAGCGGAACCGUAUUGAGCGGUCGCCUUGUAUUAAGCGGUCGACUGCUAAAGUCCUACAAUUUUUUCCCGUUACGUACUGUAAUUUUUACCUUUGACCCUACGGCCUGUUUGUGUUGUUUUCCACCUGUAUUGAACGGUCACUUAAAACGUAACCACUCAAAUAGAAGUAAGAAUAAUCUCUCGAAUCAAAUGUAUUCCACAUUUAUCCCCCAAAAAUCGAUGCUAGCACUUUGAGUUCAAGUGUCCGCAAUGCACUGUAGGUUAUCUUUCUCCUUUGGAUUGUUAAGAGAAAUCUUACCUACGAACACCACGCGCUUAUUUUCAUGUGUCUUUAAGGUUACUGACUUUUGUUGUUUGCCUCAGGUUUUAAAGGAAGUGUGGAAGUACAUGUCAAUUAUCACGAGUCUUUCUGGGGUCAGUAAAAAAGACUCCAAACGAGCAAUGAAGGAUUUGCUUCUAUUUGAAGGAAAACUUGCACUGGUGAGUGAAAAAUUCACACUCAAAUAUACAGCAGUCAUUUUUUUUUAAAAGAAGAACAUCUGAUUUUUAGAGAGAAGCAAAAAUUUCUGACAUACUCAUAUAUUGUAUUACUGAGUCAAUGUAAGUUACAUUAUGCGUUUUUAUAAGAAAUGCCAGUAAAGGCUGUUUUCCGUCAGGCGCAAGAAACUGGUAGCCGAGAAUGCCCUUCCAAGUUUCCUAAAUUUAAGAGAAAUUCAGUAUUACUAAGUUCUUUAUUCAUUUACAGUACUGGGUUCCAAAAGUUUCCAAGAAAUACGUACGGAUUCCUAUUGGCAAGCUGGAGGAGGCUCUUCCAGAGGUAAACCCCUAAAUUGGUCCCUCCCUUCCUCUCAGAGGCUCAACAUGACUUCGUAGAGAGGCCGCUGAAAAAUGAUCGCAGGUUCACGUUUUUAGCUUCACGAUCCUCACUUUACUGCAGAGCUCAAACAACAAACCUCCUCGGGGAAAUAGGGGGCCUCAAACAUAACUGAUGGUCUUCCAAAUCAGGUCGAUCAUAAACAUUUGUUUAUAAAGCGUUUCACGCACGAGCCACUAGCAUUUAUGCAAAUUUAACAGCACCAAGGAAGGUGAUAAAAUAAGGAAAUAAUUGAAAUCCUACAAAAAUGUUCUUGGUACCCCCAUCAUAGCCACCAUCCUGUACUAUAAUCGCCACAUAAACAUGCUAAUACGUUACUUAUUGUUUCUUUAUCUGAUAAAUUCAGUGUUUGUUAGAGGAUUUAACCGCCUAAUCCGAAGGUCUGAGGUUCAAAUCCAAAAGAAAGCUCAGAUUUUAUUUUUUUCCUAUUCUGGUGACAGAUGAAUAGAAUCUCUCUUUAAGUAAUAAAUUCUUGCUUCUUUGUUCAUAGUUCCCUUGGCUGAAGCACUUGCAAAAGGUGUUAUCAAGGCCUGAUCUCACUAAAGACGACUUGGUAGUGGUGCUAGCGAAUGACUACUUACAGAAUAUGUUGAAUCUACUGCGCACGACCAAAAAGAAGUGAGUUUAUUCGAGUUUUCCUCCGUUGCUUAACUUUUUCAACCCCUUGGAAUGAUUAACAUCAAAUUUCUCUUUAUAGUUUCACAGGGGAAUCAAAGGUUAAGAUCAGGAAAAUAAAGGAAAUGAUCACCAACUAAAGAAGUUCUUAAAUGUUCACAAAUUCUCCCUGUUGAUAUCAUAGGACAUAUCUAGAGAAUGGUACGGAGAAUAUGCAUACUGAUGUCAGGGUGUAAAGGGUUUAGCUUGCAGUCUCUUCAGCCGGGGGCCAUGGAUGAGAUCAGGCUUAAGGGAAGAGACGAAUUAGUGACUUGGUCGACCGACAGAAAUGUUGUGAGGGGUUAAGCAGUGGGGGGAAUAUUUUAAGGAAAAUUAUGUUUUGCGUGAUUCUUUCUUUUAAAUUUUUUUUUUUUUCAAUUUUUCAAGUUUUUUUUCCUUCCGGACAAUCUUCAAAGAGACGGACACUAGAUAGAGCGGAGAGUGACAGCAAUAACAGAGAAAGCCCCGUGAAAUUCACCGACCAAUUACUUAAUAUCAUAGUAUCUAAAAACUUCUGCCUAGUCAUGAGCCCAGCGUGGUAUUUACUUCAUGUUGUUUUUUUUUUCUUAGUGUUUUAUCAACGUAUAUGGUAUGGCGCUCCAUUAAGGAUGUCGUGCCUCUCCUGUCAAAAGAAUUCCGAGCGGUUCACCAAAAAUUCAAAGUGAAACUUCUUGGAAGUAAAAGAAACAAGACCAGAGCAGACAUCUGUUUUAGCUACACCAACAACAUCCUUGGCCCAAUGCUCGGAGCGUUGUUCAUCAGAAGUGCUUUUGGUUCGAGCAGCAAGGAGAAGGUAGGAAACUCGCCAAUGUCAUACCCAGGUCCUUUCGUCCUUUUUGCGCCCGGUCCUCUUUCGUUUUGGCUCAGAGAAAUCUGGGAACGAGAUUGAACGAUAUGAAAUGGUACUGUGCCGUGAAAGUAACAAGGCUAGAUCACAUGCAGUCAACUCUCGUUACCACGAACAAUCUCGCACGAUAAUUUACUGUUUGUAUCACUGCUAUUUACAUGAAGCAGUGUUGUUUCUUCAUCCUAUUUCAAAAUGGUGAAUUGAGUAGUGAUAUCGUAAAAAGAAAUCCAGAAUUUUUGGGUGAUAGCAUAGUACCAGUUUAUUUCGAGCGUUCAGAGAGUUUGUUAACAAUACGAACGUUACAUUGAAACUCCAUUAAACAGUCAAAAUUUUGGAGUUGAUGAAGUCCGUAUUGCGUCGACACCGUGUUGGCCGGGAACUUGCAGCAGCUCAGUGACAGUGUCACUUAUAACUGGGUGUCCUUUACAAAGUGAUAUCUGAAAUGUGAAAAUUUCCUACAUUCGACAUACUUGGCUGUCUCCCUAUUUCUAAACUGAGGGUCUCAAUUGGUCAGGUAAUUACAUGGUCUUUACGCAGACCUCCAAUUUCUCUUUUCCUCUUCUCAGGGCAUUCUCGCACUCUUCCUUCUUGCGCUUCCUCGAUCAACUUUAAAAAAAAGAAAAAGAAAAAAAAACUGGACCGGAAUCCCUCUCUUUGUUCCAUUUUCGUAAUCGAGUGUGAACAGGCCUUUUUUCUGGACAUUCUUAUCAUUGUUAUGAUGAUUUUUCUUUGAUAAGCUAAGUCAGGCGAACCGCAAGAAUGACAUGCAUUUCACGAUCCUCUCACUGCUAUCGUUUUUUUUUUAUUGUUGUUUUUUUUAUCAGUGAAACGAUCCUUACUUUACAUUAUCAUAGAUCUUCCAAUAUCCUCUACGUAAAGCUGAUUACGCCAUUUUUCUUUUCAAGGUGGAAGUUAUGAUGGAGGGCAUCAUCCGAGCAUUUAAAGACCGUGUAGCAGGGGUGGGCUGGAUCGAUAAUCAAACUGUCCAAGCCGUGAGAGAAAAAGUCAGUAAAAGAUGUUGAGUUCAAAAUAUUUAUAUGAAAUGAAAUCAUAAAAAGGAAAUCCCUUUCAAAAUGAUUUGAUUGUGUGCAGACGGAUCUAUUUAUAAAUAAACAGCGUCUUAAAAAAACGAACUUAAACUUUUGAUACAAUCGAACCCGCACAUGUCGUUAACGAUCGUCAAUGAUCGUUUGGGAAGAGUUUCCUUAAAACCUUCUCAAUAGAUCGUUUACGUUUCUUAAAUAAAGACAUUUAACCCUUUAACUCCCAUGAGUGACCAGGACAGAAUGUCUCCUUACAAUAUCAAUACAAUAUCAACCAGAUAACUGAUGAGAAUAAAGAAAAAUAUCAAUUUGGGGAAAAUUACUUUAUCAAAUACUAAAUUCUCUGAACUUACAUUAUAAGAAUGGUAUAGUUUACAUUGAGGAGAAUUAAAAAUUUGAUCAGGGAGUGAAAGGGUGCGACACCCUGUGUAUCUAUUGUUGGAUCAGAAACAAAAGCCAACAGAGAAGAGAGUGGAUUUUAGGCCCAUACUAAAUUUUGUCAAAACGAAGCGUAAAAUAACCAGAUAAGAACCUUCAGAAAGCUUGAAAGAAAUAUUCAUGCUGAAAGUCAGUUACUUUCAAAAGUGGCCAGAUAAAUGGAGACCUCGGGGUUCAUGCCCUGUGCAUGUGCCUUUUAAAGUUUCCAGUUGCCCCAAUUUUUGUGGUUGACAUUUUAUUUCUUACUUUGGUUCUCAGGCGGAUGCAGCACUUUAUCAAGUUGGAUAUCCUGAUUAUUUGUGGAACGAUAACAAAUUUUCCGAAAGAUAUAAAAUGGUAAUUUUAAACAAAUUGAUUCAAUGUUGCUGAAGAAAAUGUGUAUGAAUACUUGACUCAAACAAGCCGUGAGCAUCCUCGGUAGUAUAGUGGUGAGUAUCCCCGCCUGUCACGCGGGAGACCGGGAUUCGAUUCCCCGCCGGGGAGAAUGUCUUUUUUUUUUUUUUCUUUUUCUUUUUCGCUUUAUUCGGUGGAAGAAACUUUUUAGUCCUGCAAAAUUGUACUAAAGCUAUUACUCUACGCCUUGGAUUUUUUCGAAACUUUAUUAGCGCAUGAAAUAGCAGCUGCGUCCUCGCCCCAUCCUCCCGAUCAAGGACACGGCCUACAUUUUGACUUCUUUCAAACGCGACAGCCAUAAGACAAGUUUCAAUGCAAUAAUUUUUCUAAGCUUUCCGUUUAUUUAAUGCUUUUUUCCCGUGAUUUUUCUUUUAGCUGAACAUUACAGAGAACCAGUGGUUUCAGAACGUACUGAACACAGACCAGUUUUCCAACUAUCAAACCUACCACAAGUGGGGAAACCCAGUUGAUAGACAUCAGUAAGUGGGGUAACGAUUACUGUACUUUUAGGAAAGUCGUCCGUGCAUACUUUCCCCCGGUACUGUUCAAACUAGGCGCAUUUGAUAAAACAUUCCAUGUACUCACAAGUAAACCUAACUCGGCAAUUUGGGAUUAGGAGAACUUGUCAAGGAGAAAUUGUUAUAGAGAAAACUUGCUAAUAAUGGAAGAUUAUUUUCGAAGGAAACGGUAAGGAAAAGAUUGAAGAGAAAUUUUUCUCCAUUACCGUUGCCAAUUUUACUUGGCUAAGGUUUAUUACAAGAAACUUUUCCCUGAAAAAUACAUUUGUCAGGAAUAACUUGUUUGUUGGUUAUGAUAGACAUUUUCUGUUCCGUCCUAUUUGAAAACUUGUGUUUUUUUCCUUCUAUUUACAGGUGGAUAACUGUUCCUCAGUUGGUGAACGCGUUCUAUGUUAUAACUAAGAAUGAAAUAGGUAAAGAAAUCAAUCAUUCGCACGAAUGGCAUGAUAUUCAAAGGUUAAGAUUAGUAAUAAAACUUGAAACCGACUACAACACAAUUUUAAUCGUGAAGAAAAAGUGAUUCAGAUUACUGUGAUUAUGUCUCGCUACGCAUGUAGUCAUUGUGUGACUAAGGGCCUGGUUCUCGUGCGUUUUCCUCGUGAUUCCUCUGGUGUUGACGACUCGACAAUUAACAUAUAUCUGCUCAAACUGUUGGCAUGGAUGAACCUGGGCUACAUAAACUGGGCCCAACAGACAGUGAAGAGUUUAAAAGCUUUUAAACUUUUUACGGUGGCCAAUUUACGUUAUCAACUCAGUUGAUAAUACUAAAUAACCCUGAUAUACUCUCUUACCGAUGCAGCACCACAAUUUCUUUAGAAAGUUACCACCUUUAUUCAACAGACAGUGAGUUUCUUUAAUCAAGUUCUUCGGAUUAAGUUUCACCGCCCAAUCACAGCCGAGCAUAAUAAACGUGUAACCGGUCCUGCAUUGCUUAAAGAAGUAUCGCAGUGUGCAGUUGAAAGGUCGCGACUCAGAUAAUGAUUGACGACCACUUUACAAAAUUAUUAUUAAUUACUCUAUUUAAUUUGUAUCAGUUAUAAACAACUCUUAGUUUAGGUACAUUGCAUUCAUUUUGAGGUUAUAUCACUGUGCUGUCAAUGUGCAGCAAUUAUGUACCGGAGAAAAAAUGGUAAAGCUAGAACUAGGCGACAUGUUACAACAAACACGUUUUCUUUAUUUUUUUCAGUUGUACCAGCGGGAAUUCUGCAAGAGCCAUUCUUUUAUGGAAACGACAUACCAAGGUGAUAACACAAAAAUUGAACAUUUCGAAUUAGUAAAGUUUUCAUGAAGUGUUUCAACAAUCGCUAGUUCUUAUUUGUGUGGCACUGUUUUGUCUUAACCUGGCGUCGCCUUGUGAGUUCUUAAGUUUUCCCUUAAAUUGCCUCGUUUCAGGUCCUUAAGUUAUGGUGCCAUUGGUCACGUGCUAGGUCACGAGUUGACGCAUGGCUUUGAUACGACAGGUAACAGUUUUCACAUGAUUUUAGCAUGCAACUUCGUUCUCCCAACAUGCCGAGCUUUAAAUUCUUUUUUACAACUGUUUUUGCUUUUGUAACGUUAGAGAUGAGAAAUAUGUUUUUCUCUAUGUUUCCAGGACGAAAAUUCGAUAAGAAUGGUGAACUUAUUGAAAAACGAACUCAGUGGAGUGAGCCUGCGAUCAAGAUGUUUCAAGAAAAAGCAAAAUGCUUGGUGGAGCAAUUUUCACAGUACAAAGUCCUUAACAAAUUCCACGUAAGUUCGAAACGCGAUUAUUUACCAGCGUUUAAGUGAUAUGUAUAGGAUUAAAGGUAUUAAACCGACUUUAAUACAUAGUUUGAACCCAGGAGUAUCAUUUUUGAGAUGAACGGUUGUGGGUAGUGGUGAUUGUCGAAACGUGAGUCAUACCUUCCAAUAACAAUCCUUCUUAUGACUCCUUUGACCUGCACGGUCAAAGAACUCCUUCUUGAAGAAACGUUAGUUCAUAGCAAGUUAACACAAAGUCGUUCGUUAGAUUUCCCUGACAGUUUCCUGGUGUAUUUUUUACCCCCUCCCCCCCCCCCUCAGUUGAGAGAGGCACUGUGUUGUACAUACGAAGACGAGGCUUGAGCCCCCAUCUUAAUCACGUGGCGGAGUUCAGGGUGCAGUCUUUAGAUCACCGUCUUUCUCAUUACUUUUUUUGAUCUUUAACAUUUUCUUAACAAUUGACCAGAUCAACGGUCUUCAAACUUUGGAAGAAAACGUGGCAGACGGAGGAGGCCUGAAUCUAGCAUACCAUGUAAGCAAUAUCACGUGAUAAUUCUCACGUGAUCGUACUUUUCUUUUUAUUUGAUAAACAGAUUAGUGGAGAGAAAACUCUUGGCGAAAACAUCGCUGACUUGGGAGGAGUCAACCUUGCUUACCACGUAAGAAUUAUUUCCUUAUUACCCCAGCUACGUCGAGGUUCUCCUAUGAAAUUUGUUUAAGUUCAAUGCCUAAUAUUCAUUUGUCAAGUGUGUUCAUCUGCUUGAAUUUACUCAUAAGAUUCUUAUCCCAAAAAUGUAAAUCACAACAGCCUGGUUAAUGUCAAACCGAGGUCCUACUCGCGUCGCUAAGAUGAAGGUCCCUGCCUCUUGGCCACACAAGGCUUGGGGUACGCGAGUGCAGCCAAUUAUAUAACAAACGAAAAUAAUGUAGUCGACCUAUGAAAUCUCGAGAUGAAAUGCGUGUAUUUGAUGCAAAGAACGGUUAAACGUAUGACCAGGCUGAUGCAGCAACCAAUACAGGGAAAACAGAUAACAGAAUCAGCCAAUGAGAUCUCUAAUAAAAAUAUGCAGUUCAGGAACAAGGCGCGGGAAAACUCGCAAAAACUCUGAGAGCAGGUCGUGGCUGGCUCUACCGAAGUUGCAUUUUAAUUGUCAAAACUUCUGCUAGGUUUUAAUGAUAAAGGAGCUAUUGUGUCUUGAUCUUCCCUUUUCCUUAUUAUCUUAAAUACCCUAUGUCUAUUUGACAGGCUUACAAUUCGUUUAUCGAGGAGAAUGGAAAGGAAGAAGUACUACCAGAGCUUAACAUGACAAGUCAAGAGCUUUUCUUUAUCGGAUAUGCUCAGGUAAAUUGAACAGCACAACUUCCAACUGGAUUUCAAAAUGUGUUGCAGACUGAGUGAAUUUCAUUUGCUUCCCUACUCAACAAAUAGAUUCCAUGCUGCCGUGCGUCUGUUUAGUAAUAAAUCACGGAUGACUUCAAAAUGUGGUGAGAACAAACACCUGAUGUUCUUUCGAAAUUUUUCCCCUGCAGAAAGAGUGUACGCGCACCACUCCAGCCGCCGAAUUCUUGUCAGUAACGGAAGAUGUUCACGCCCUAACCAAGUACAGGUAAUACUGGAGGUUCCUUUCCUUUCUCUGAGAAACACAGAAGCGUAAUGAAUGGUUAGCGUUUGUUUUAUACCCCGCGUCAAUAGAUUCAGAACCUACCUCUAACCGAAUUUAUUUGAAGUUUUUGCACAUCUCAGGAGUAUCAAUGGUUAGUAACUACCACACAGGAAAAUAGUGCUUUUCGCGAGCGCUGAUUGGCUAAUUCGGAAGUGAUUAGCAAGUACUAUUCAUCUUCGAGCAGCUGAAGAGACAAAACUCGCCCUUCAAGAGUUUAAUUUCCGAACAAUUUUCGGUAUAUUGACAGAAAUAAACUGAAAGUUUUGGUUUCUGCGUGGUAUCCACUAAAACACCUCAAUGUCGGUGAAAGUAGUGGAUAUAUUUAACUUGCAACUUCGCAGCUUGGUAAAUAUCAAUCAGUUUUCAUCUUUACUUCGGCGAAUAAUUUUUAAUUUCUGGCGAACUGUCAGAGAAACCUGACGAUAUUUUUUUUUUUUUUUUUUGAGGUGGGGAGGGUGGGGUAACCGGCUCUGGAUUUUUGUGUCCCAUCCAGAGGAAUAGGUGACAUUUAUAAUUCCUUCCCAUUACUGAAUUUGGAAUGAACACCAAAGCCUAAGCGAGUCAGUGUGGUAUACAGAUUUUACCUUUACCUUUCCUCUCUUUCUUUCCUUUCCUCUGCUGUUCCUGCUCCUGAGCCUCGUCCUCUUUCUCAGCUUUAGGGAAUGUGGGGGCCUUUUGAAUAAAAGCCUGAAUGAGGAAAUACAGCACGUUCGCCGUAAAGGGCACAAAAAUGAAGAAAGGAUUUGUCUUAUGAAAUUUUUCCUCAGCAUUAUUUCUUAACGCAAUGUUAUUGGUUUUAUUCUUAGGGUUAUUGGUACCUUAUCAAAUUUUAAGGAGUUCUCUGAUGUUUUCAAGUGUAAAGAGGGAUCAUAUAUGAACCCAAAGAAGAAAUGUGAAGUUUGGUAGACGCACGACAUACGGAGGUCUAAUGGACAAGUGCUCUUGCAUAAUUGUUGAAUUUGCUAUUAUUUUUCCCAUACGCCGUAUGCAAUUUUUGGGGUUUAUUUUCGAGUUCUUCUGUUUUCAGUUGACAGUCUUACAGUCGAGUAUUGUAUUGAAAAAAAAAUGUCGUAGCCGACAUAUUUACUCCAACAGAUCACAGGCAACAUUCCAUGAGAUACGGUGUUGUCUCAAGUAACCAAUCGAAGUAAAUGCAACCAGCAAAAAUAUCGAAAAAGUGUAUGUUCAGUUCACUGCUUUCCUGCGAGUCGUGCGUUUGUACUUUAGCGGUUUGAUCAAGUCUUCGAAUUUUUACCCUCGUCAGUGAUUAACCGCACUUUGGUUUACAGUUUACGCCCUACACUACGUAGGUCUUAGAGGCCGUUGAUGUUCUUCACCAGCGACUUUCCCGGAAGUCACAAUCGAGGGACUGAAACCGUUGCGUCAGUCGCCCUGUAAUGUUCGUGGUGGGCGAUUACUCAUGUUUUAUUCUUGUUAAGAACAAGACAUAUAUAUAUGGGUAGUUAGCGC